AUGGUUGGAAUUGAUGUAAGAAACAAAAAUAUUCUAGAUACAAAAUACACUUGCCCUAAGUGUUUUUUGAUAUUACGAGAUCCUGUACAACUGAGCAUAUGCGGUCACCGACAAUGUCAAUCAUGUUUCAAUACUCAACAAGGAACAACAAUCACAUGUCCACAAUGUCAAACAGAAAUACCACACAAUCUAGUAAUGAUCGAUCGAGGUUUCAAAAGUGAUAUGCUAUCGCUUCUCAUCGAAUGUAUUUUUUGUCAAUGGAGUGGCCUAUUAAAUAACUACCAAGAGCAUCUCGAUCAAUCUCAUCCAAAUCCAAAAUGUGAACAUUGUGGAGAACAGUUCAACUCAGUCAACAAACUCAAUGAACAUAAAGUCUUGGAAUGUCAAAAACUGACCAUCAUUUGUGUGUUGAAAGAUUUUGGUUGUAAUGAACAGAUUAUUCGUGGCAAAAAAGAAGAACAUUUUUUGACGAAACCACAUCAAGACGCAAUACUUAAAGUUGUUCGUCAAAUGAGAUCACAAUUACUCGAUAGACAAAUGAACACAGAUGUUGCUCGAACAACAAGUGCAACAACUAGUGAUCCUGCAUCAGCUCAAUUGCAGGAGUUGUAUGAAACAUUGAAUAUCUUGGCAGGUGGCAUCGAGACAUUGAAUGAUGAUGGACAACGUCUCAGCAAUGAAUCACUUCAAUGUCAAAUUAAACUUCAAAAAUUGGCAGAAGACUUUUCGCAAGUUAAGUUAUCUAUCGAAGAAUCAGAUUUGUUUUUGGAAGGAGUGAAACAGAAUCAAGAGAUUCUCAAUCANUUACAUAAUAGUUUUAGUGGACUCUCUUCCAAAUAA